GUUCGAGGUUCGAGCCCGUCACUCGAGUCACAGCGGCACAACCGAAUUGGAAUUGGCAUUCGCUGGUCGUGACCGAAACGAAACGAACGUCGCUGUACGGUGUUAUUCUUAAAUUUAUUUUAGUGCUUACUAUCGUAUAAAAUGGUAAAGUUGUUAAUUGUUGUGUCUUUGCUGGUGGUGGCCUUGUACGCUUCAGAAGGUGAAGCCGUACGUUGCUGGACAUGCUCAUCAGACAUGAAUCCGUACUGUAAUGAUCCGUACAUCCUGGGCCGAGGUGGUGAAAAUACUGGUUUGUUCCGCCUGGAAUACUGUGACUCUAACGCCGGCGCCACAUACCCUUAUCUAAGUACCUCGAAAUCAGUUUGCAAGAAACAGAAGAAAUAUGUUGGAGACCAAUUAAUCGUAUCCCGAGGUUGCACAUGGAAGCGACAGGAUGACUAUUCAAACAACUGCGCCAGCUCUUCAAACGGACCGAACGAAGUUACCUUGUUCUGUGAAACCUGCGACUACGACGGAUGCAAUGGAGCAUCCGCUAUUACCAUGACUUUGGCUUUAAUAAUGGCGCCACUUGGUGUCCUCCUCUUCAAGUAAUUUAAUGCAUAAUUAUGGGUAUAUAAGAGCAGUGGGGACCAUACCAAAUUACCAUUUUACAAGCCACAUAUAGCAUUUUAUAUGCCCACCGCAAACCAAAUAUAGCAGUUUCUUAAUAUUGUUUUUAAACGUAUUUUUUUAAACUAAAAAUUUCAACAGGAUUUUAUAGACAAUUGGGCGCACAUAGUGUUGCUACAAAGAUGCAAUAAUCUUCUCAAGAUGUAUAGAUUCAAUAUAAUUAUUUUUAAAAUAAUCGGUAAACGCCUGCAGAAGUAUACUGAUCAAAUUCGCUAAACAUUCUUCGUUAUAAGAUGUAUUUUUUAACUUUAUUCUUAAUUAACGAUAUAUUCGUGAAUUACGUCCCGUAAUAUAAAAAAUCUAACGUACUAAUAUUAUAAAAUAUAAUUUGUUAAUAGUUUAGUUAUAGUGAAUGGGUGAAUAUAUUAUUACAACUUUUUUUUACUAACCGAAGAUAUUAUACGUACCGUUGUGUUUUAUUACUUGCUGGUUAAGAAUAUAUUCAUAAUAUUUGUAUAAGAUAUACCUGUAAUGUAAAUAUUUUCAUAUACUUACCUUUGUUUUCAUAACAUGUUAAUAUCUCAUAAUAUUUGUAAACAGAAUUAAUUCUUAUUGUUUUAUUUCUCAACUCAACUUUUUAUAAAAGUUUUACAUUUAACAUUUUAGAUGUAAUAUGUAUUUUCGUAAACUAUUAAAUCUCAAUACAAUAUUUCAAAGUACAAAUUGUUUUUAUUGCCAAUAAAUGGUUUAUCAAUUA